GCCUGUCAGUUCAAACUCCGGGCCAUCUGACCCUCGUUCCGUCCUUGACAAACAGUAACACUGAGCUAAGAUGGCGGCCACCGUAGUGAGAAGCAUCGGCUCCACUUUGGGCAAAAACCUCAGAGAGAUCCGCGUGCACCUCUGCCAGAGCUCAGCCGCGAGCCAGGGUGCGAGGGACUUUGUGGAGCAGCAGUAUGUAUCGCUGAAGAAAAUGAACCCGGACUUCCCGAUCCUGAUCAGAGAAUGUUCUGGAGUCCAGGCCCGAGUCUGGGCCCGAUACGAUUUCGGGAAGGAGAGCAGCGUCUCUGUGGACAACAUGUCAGCUGAUCAGGUGGCCUCAGCGCUGCAGACUCUGGUCCAGUCCAAACCCUAACUCCCCCUUCAUGAAGUGGUUCAGUCCAGACCGGCCUCAUUCCCUCAGUUGAUGUAAAUGUGUUGAUAUGAAUAAACUACUGUAUUAUUGAG